AUGUCCCACAGGAAAGGCAUUACACAACUAAUUCUCGCCGCUGAUACUUUGGCGGCGCCGAUAGCCCCAUCAGGAGACGCUUUCAGCCAGCUUUGGUCACUCGCUAUCCGUAAAUUGGAGCAAGAUCUGGCGGCCGGCUCAUCGCAGCUUCCGAUUCUCAUUGAACGCAUCCCUCGUUGUACUAAUGUGGAUGAUAUCUAUGCUGUUCUCGACGAUAUCACGAAACGAUUUGCUGGCUUUCGCACAGGAGGCUCGAGCGCAGGCUGGAAGAAAUUGCGUAACAGACUGAAACCUGCAGUAGAGAUAUUCCUGUUGCUCAACGGGACCAUAGCAGAUGAUGCUUCGGCACUUGUACCCGGUGGGAAGGCGAUCUUUGUGGCUCUUGGUGUGCUGCUCGAGGCCACGAAAGGAGUGACCGCUUACUUCGAAGCGCUUGUCGAGCUCUUCGAGGAGCUGUCUUUCUUUCUCGAAGGCCUUCGACCGCGACUACAGGAAACAUCAUUUGGCCCGGGAACUGCUUCCAGGACUAUUGCCAUCUCUAUUCUCUCCCACCUGACGAUCAUCUGUUUUCGUGCUUUGAAGUUAUUAUCUAGGAAUACGUGGCUUGCUCGUCUCGACGUUUAUCGCAAGGCACUCAUAAAGGACAAUGAUAUGCAAAAGGCACUCGAGAGGCUUCGCUCUCUCGCAAGACUGGAAGAAAGGGCAAUCGCCAUCGAAACACAGGUAAUGCAAUCGAAGACAUUAGCUGUGACUGUUGAGACCAGAGCUAUUGUGUCGGAAACGUCUGAGACCACGAACAAUUUGGUCUCCAAAUUUGACGGAAUGACGAAAGAGGGGCUCCCAUUGUUGCACGAUAUUCGAGACGAUCAAGGGGAAAUGUUAGAUAUCCUGCGCUCUGAGGAACAGCAUAGGGCGAGGGUGGACAUAUCCGAAAUCCUGGAGAAGCUCAGCCCGGUACGCAGUGCCGAAAUCGACUCCCAGAGAGGUCCACGUUGCAUGGAAGGCACCCGCGUCGGUGUCCUCAAGUUGUUGCGCGAAUGGAGCGACGACGAGCAGGCACCACGAAUAUUUUGGCUCAAUGGCAUGGCUGGUAUCGGAAAGUCAGCUAUUGCGCGCUCGUUUUGCCAUGACCUGAGCCAGCACAAUCGUCUGGGCGGCUCCUUCUUCUGCUCCCGCAAUGGUUCUGUGGCAGUGAGCGACGCUCAGCGUAUCAUCCCCACCCUUGCUGUGGCAAUGGCAUCUCGGGAUGUUACCUACAACAGAGCGUUGCUAACCGUGCUGAAUGAAAAGACUUUCUCUAAAGACUGGAAUCUCGAAGUUCAAAUUCAAUACUUGCUCGCAACUCCAUUCUCUGAGAGGCUACCACAGACUGCGAAGAUAUGCCUGCCUAUCUUUGUCGUCGAUGCUCUGGACGAGUGUUCAGACGAAGACUUGACCCGUCAUCUUGUGGAGUCCCUGGUUAACAUAUCGGCCCAUGUGCCUGCUAAAUUCUUUCUCACAUCUCGGCCAGAACCACAUAUCCGACAGAGGCUGGAACAGUUGGAAUCAGAUCCACAUUCAUAUUUCUGGGGUCGCUCUUUGAGGCUCCACGACAUUGAACAGGACAUUGUUGAGGCCGACAUAUCACUCUAUCUGAUGCAUGAACUGAAAAAGAUGCGCGAAAUGUCCUUUCCACCAGACUGGCCUCCCUCCAAUCAAGUUGCCACAUUGACCCGUCUCUCUGGUAAACUCUUCAUCUACGCGUUCACAGCUCUUGCAUACAUCCGUAAAAAACCAGUUCUUCGUCUCGGACAGCUAACCGAUGAUUCCGCUAUCAGCGCACAAAUGACAAAGCCAUUGGAUCACAUCUACGAGAUGAUCCUCACGGAGGCCAUGAACCCAGAGGUUUUCACCGCGGACGAGGCUGCCUUGACGAAGAGGAUCGUUUCGAUAAUAUUGACCAUUCGUGAACCCAUGUCAGUAGCGGAGCUCGGUGAACUACUAGAAAUGCCGGCUCAUCUUGUUCGGGACUCGCUAAGCCAUCUAUACGCUGUGGUAUAUGUCCCCCGUGACAAUGACAGCGGUGCUCUUGCCACAUUCCAUGCCUCCUUUGGUGACUUCCUCACUUCAAUGAGUCGAGCGCCAGCGCCGAUGUAUGUUGAUAUUGCCGGCUCUCACAGUGACCUUGCGUCGAUAUGCAUAGGCAUGCUGCGGUCCGACAAGCUCUGCUUCAACUUGGCACACAUAACUUCAUCAGAGUAUGUUCAACGUGCUAAGGGUGAAAUGUCCUCACUUGUGCCUGAAUCCUUGCGUUAUGCAUGUACCCAUUGGGUAUACCAUAUUACUGUAUCGAAUGAUCAGGCGCCAUUAUGGAGUGCAGUCGAAGAUUUUUUCAUUGGACCGAAGUUCUUGUUCUGGCUAGAAGCGUUGAGUGUGGUCGGGAUUACAUCUCAUUUGGAGAAGAUGAAUAGGCUAAUUCACGAACAUGUCCAUAAAAUGUCACCAAGACUGAGCAUGUUCAUUCGCGAUGGAAUGGAUUUUGCCUUUCGCUUCCUGGAUGUCAUCAAGGCCAGUCGGCCCCAUAUCUAUCUAUCUGCUCUUCCCCUUACAGACAAGUCGUCAGCUGUCAGCCAGAGCUGCCUAUAUGCAUUCACCGGCCUUGCGAAAGCCACAUGGGAUGUUAUAAAUGCGCCACUGCCUAAUGAUGUGUAUGUUGAAUAUUAUGAAGUCAGCGAAGAAUACCGAACAGAGCUGCAUCAUCCUGCUUCAGCCGUGUGGUCGCCCGAUGGUGCCAGGAUCUUCGUUGCGUGGGGUCGGGAAAUCACGGUAUGGGAUGCCCUUUCCGGCACACGGAUAGCUUCUUCGACUAUUAAAGGUCAUACCAAUAUGAUCAGUGCUAUAUCUAUCUCUGCAGAUGGUAAAAUCAUUGUGUCUGGCUCCCAUGACCGGACUAUCGGUGUUUGGAAUACUCACACUCAAGAGCUUGUAGUAUCCUCCCGACUGAAGGGUCAUAAAAGUCGCAUAUUUUGCGUAGCUCUAUCCUCUGACGGAACCAAGAUAGCCUCCGGUGAUUGGGAGGGCGUUAUUUGCAUCUGGAGCUCUGCUUCUGGCGAGAUGCUUGGAAAGAUGACGACGAGCGGUGAACCCUCGACCGUUCAUUCCAUCGCAUUCAUCGAACGGCCGAACCAAGAGCUACAACUUGUAUCAGCUUCUUGUGAUUACGUAUUGCAUAUUUGGGACAUACAAGAAGGCUCUCCUCCUACUGCACUCCUAGAAGGACACAAGGAUGAAGUCACUUGCGUGGCUGUUUCCCCCGACGGCACGCACAUAGCUUCCGGUUCAGUGGACACAACCGUUCGUCUUUGGGCAACAACGGGCGGUAGUGCCAUCACGAUCCUUGUAGGACAUAAAACCUACGUUAUUUCCGUCGCAUGGUCUCCGGAUGGCACUAAAAUUGCUAGUGGAGGAGAAGGCUAUGAAGCAUUUGUCUGGGACACCGAGAGCGGCGCGCGACUGUCGAUGUACAUGCCCAGACCUGGAGCAGGCCUCAUAAAUAAUAUCCGUUUCUCUCCGAACUGCAGAUAUCUUCUUGCUACUUCAAGUAAUUUUACCGAUCAUGGGGUAGUAAGAGUAUGGGAUAUAGGGUCACAAAGUGAUGAUAGCAGCAUUGUAACAGGAGGAUCCAAGCUCAGAAUUUCCAAAGAAGAAGACUCUUACCGUGCUGACUGGAAUCCGCUUUUCUGGGUUUACGAGCCUGUGGAGAACAAGAAGCUGAUGCUAUUUAAUAGGGAGGCCGUCGAGGCUUUUGAGAACGGGCUAGAUCCGAAUUAUCUUUGGAGUGUCGGGGUUCAGGGUAGGCUUACAAUCGAUACGUCCGAUAUGGUAUAUGGUACGGAGUGGACCAAGUGCUAUAAUCCUCACGCUACUAUCUCCAAAUAA